AUGGAGAAUCACGUGGAGUACGUCGUGCAUCGUUCCAGUACGACCCGUUUGUGGUUUGUUUGCAAGCAUGGCAACGGUUGUCCGUUCAUGCUGCGAGCCGUUCAGAGUGCAUCGAUCUGGAGAGUGAUCAAGGUGGUGAUGGAUCAUACCUGCCACACGGAUUUGAAUCGCACUGCCCCGAGACAGAUUCCGGCGAGGGUUGUUGGAAGAUAUUUUACACGGAAAUUGGUAGACGAGGGGGUCGUUUUGAAGCCGAAGGAGAUGAUUUCAGAGAUGCAGCGCUUAUUCGGUAUUGAGAUCAAUUACAGCUUCGCUCUCCGUGCAAGAAACAUCGCGAUUGAGAUGACGUAUGGUGAUUUUGGGAACUCGUAUCAGAUGCUCCCAUCGUAUUUGUAUAUGCUGAGAAUGAGUAAUCCCGGCACAUUAUACGACCUUGAGAUGAAGGACGAUGGCAAGUUUCAUCAUAUGUUUGUUGCACUUGGACAGAGCGUGGCUGCCUUUGAGAAGGGUUACUUGAGGCCGGUCAUCGUCGUAGACGGGACCCAUCUGAAGGGAAGGAACGGCGGCAUUUUGUUCGUCGCUGUUACAAAGGAUGGGAACGAAGCAAUAUUUCCUCUCGCAGUUGGGCUUGGUCCUAUCGAGAACGACGAGUCUUGGACUUGGUUCUUCCACCGACUGCGGACUUGCUUUGGUCAGCCGGAUGAUCUCUUGAUUGUGUCUGAUCAGCACAAGAGCAUCAGAAAUGCUGUGGAGUGUGUCUACCCGAACGUCCCUCACGGGUUGUGCUAUUACCAUAUCCAGAAGAAUCUCGCGCAUUAUGGGCAGCAUGUAGCUGCAGUCUUCAAAGCAGCGGCAUAUUCCUAUCGAUCAGACGACUUUCAAAGGAAUUUUUCUGCGCUUCAAGUACUGAAAGUCAACGCGCACACACGCCUCGACACUAUUGGUGUGGAGAGAUGGGCCAGGUCCAAGUGCCCUACUGUUGUGGGCACGACGCCUCCCGGUUGCUUCAUUGAUCGAGACCUAUCGAGCCAUUAUGGAGAAAUGGUUCGAUAG